AUGAAUUCCAAAGGAACUGUUUGUAAUAAAACAAAAUCACAACGAUCUGGAAAUCCUUCUAUGGUAGGUGGAAGUUGCGCUAUCAAUGUUGAUUUUGAAGAUUGUAUUCGAAAUAUAUUUCCAUUUACUAAUAAAUACGGAUCAAAACAAAUUCAUUGGUUUGGAUUUUUAUCAUUUCCUGAUGAAAAUACAAAUUUAGUAAAAAAAACAGAUAAUACAUCCAUAAAAAGGAAUUCUCAAUUACAGGUUAAUUAUAUACAAAAAGAAGAUAAAAGUUAUGAGUAUAUUCCAACAAAUUUUAUUUGUUAUUUUGAUAUGCAAAGACUUGUAUUAAGUAAAGCUGAUUUUUCAAAAAAUAAAGUAUUUGGUGUAAAUGGACCACCAUUUAAAAAAAAUUUUGUAAUUACUGAUGAAGGAGAUAAAAAAAAAUGUGAAUAUAUAAAAUUAGGAAUUAUUUUAAGAUUUACAGCUGAUGGAAAAUAUCAAUUAACUGAUAAAAUAGCACCUGUUGUAAGUAAUUGUAAAACUAAUCUACAAACAAGAGAAGUUGAAAAAAGUUAUGAUGUAUGUCCAUUAAAAGAAAAAGAUAAUUUUGAAAAUAGUAAGAUAUCAGUUGAAAAAAGUCAAAUGUCAAGAACAAGUGUAAGUAUUCAUCUAGAUAAUUCAAAGAAAAUAUCUGAAGAAGAUGAAGAAGAGUAUAAAAAAAUGAAAAUUCAUCCAAAAAGUGGUCUACCAACUACUCUUAUUUCUCCAGUUUUAGAUAAUGUUACUGUUACAAUUAAUGAUGAUAAUAUAAAUUUUAAAGAUGAUAUCAAUAGACCAGAUAAAUCUAUUUUUAAAUAUGUAAAUGAAGAAUAUAAAAGAAAAUAUAUUAUUCUUGGGCAUGACAAUGCUCCAAUGUUAUAUAAACUUAAUUUCAAACGUCUUGAUAAAAAUUUACUCAUUCUUAUUCCUGGAUUUGGUAGAUCUAGUUAUUGUCAUGCACUUACAAGACAAAAUGUAACUUCAAUUAAUAUAUCAACUUCUAAAAGGCGUAGAAAAACAAAAAUUGAAAAAAUUUCUACCAAACGCAAAAAUAGAUCCCCUCCAGCAGGAGGGGCAAAAUAA